AGUGCGCAAGCGCAAGGUCAGAAAUGACAAGUUUGACAAGAAGAAAAUGAAAAGUGGGCGGUGUGGGUAUUUUCAAUCAAUUUUGGUCACUAAUUUCUCUUCAGUUUAGGCACAAUUGAGAUUUCCUAAAUAACAUAACAAUACUGUUUACCAAAUAAUUUACUAUUUUCUCUUCUGCAUCAGAAAAUCUGAAAAUUGAUCAGAUCUAGAAUUUUUCAAAAUGAAGAAAAAGGUGCUGUUAAUGGGAAAAAGCGGAUCUGGUAAAACUAGUAUGAGGUCCAUUAUUUUUGCAAAUUAUAUUGCAAGAGACACUAGAAGACUUGGAGCCACAAUUGAUGUUGAACAUUCUCAUGUGAGGUUUCUCGGAAACCUUGUUCUCAACUUAUGGGACUGUGGUGGACAAGAAGCUUUUAUGGAAAAUUAUUUCGUAUCACAAAGGGAUAAUAUCUUCAGAAAUGUAGAGGUACUGAUUUAUGUUUUUGAUGUGGAAAGUCGAGAACUGGAACGAGACAUGCACUAUUAUCAGACGUGUUUGGAAGCAAUUCUACAAAACUCACCAGAGGCAAAAAUAUUCUGCCUCAUUCACAAAAUGGAUUUGGUAGCAGAAGAUCAGAGAGAUAUAAUUUUCAAGGAGAGAGAGUCAGACUUGAAAAGGCUAUCUCGUCCGUUGGACUGUACUUGCUUCAGAACAUCCAUUUGGGAUGAAACUUUAUAUAGAGCUUGGUCUAGUAUAGUUUACAUGCUGAUUCCAAAUGUUAAAGAAUUAGAAAAUAGUUUACAACAAUUUGCUGAUAUUGUUGACGCCGAUGAAGUCUUGCUAUUUGAGAAAGCAACUUUCCUCGUGAUUUCUCAUUGUCAACGUAAACAUCAUAGGGAUAUUCAUAGAUUCGAAAAGGUUUCAAAUAUUAUCAAGCAAUUCAAAUUAUCCUGUUCAAAGUUAGCAGCUCAGUUUCAGAGUAUGGAAGUUAGAAAUUCGGCUUUUGCGGCUUAUAUUGACAUGUUUACUAGUAAUACCUACGUUAUGGUUUGCAUGUCAGAUCCACAAACUCCAUCAGAAGUAACAUUAAUUAACAUCAGAAUUGCUAGAAGACAUUUUGAAAAACUGGAAAAAGUAUCCAAUUCAAGCGUUAGUCGAUAAAUAUGAUGCAGUUUUUUGUGCCAAAUAUUUUUAUGAUUUUCAUUUUCCCCAUGACCUCCCUGUAACUAAAGGUAAAUUUAUGCAAGCUCGAUUAGCAAGUAACAAUUAACAAUCAGGAAGUGACAAUUAUAAGCUCAACAAUGGAUAAGUUUGUGCAGAAAAAUCAAUCAAGUAAGAAGUAGAAAUUGGCCAAUUUUUAACUUUCCUACUUUGAUCGUACAAUUUUUCUCUUUAGUGUGCAGCUUUUAAGCAAAUGAUCACAGAUUGGACCAUGUUGGAAAACAAAAAGAAGAAAUGAGGAAUAACCUAACCUAGUCAUUUCCAAAUUUGAAGACAUCCAUUGUGUAUAAAAUAUUUCGCUGAUUUUGAGUUCUAGUUCAUUGUCCAUUUUGAUGUAUCUGUCAUUCUAGAAAUUCUUUGAAUGGUAUUCAAGAAACUGUGAAAUUUUCAGUAAACAAUUUCACAAAAACACAUCACGUGUUUCGCAAUAGAAUAGCUUCUUCAGGUGUGUCUAUACUCUAGACACAUUAUGGAUUUUCAUCAAAAACGCAUGAAUGCUAUAGUUUUUAAUACUUGUUCUUUGCUGUUAGUUCUUAGUUGUUAAUUGAGAGUGCAUAAAUUCACAUUAAGGCUGUGGUCUGUGUGAAAACAAUAUAAUAGAACAAUAUUUUUUUGAUGAAUUAAGCUCUUUAUGUAAAAAUUUUGUUUGUAAAUUUAAACUUGUUCUGUGUAAUUACCAUUUAAUUCAUAGAGCAUUAAUUAUAUACUUUUUUGUUGGAAAAAAUAUGUCUCUAUAAUGUCCUCAUAUCCAAAAUGAGUAAGUUCUGUGAAGAAAAUGUAUUGGAUUGUACAUAAAAAAGGUUAUAUUAUUGA